AUGGACCGUCCCCAGCGGAUCGUCCCCAGAACAGUGACCCAACGGGGUGCCCCCAGAACCCCGCCGCCGCCGCCCCCCGCCGGGUUCUGCUGCAGCUGCCGCGCGACCGGCGCCGCUCCGCACCCCCGGGAUCCGCCGAGCCGCAGCCCCGCACCGCAGCCCCGCGGCGCGGCCGUCGACCGCCGGCGCCCGCCGCCUCCGGACGGUUCGGAGCCCCCCGGCGUGGCCGAGGCGCUGGGCUCCGUGCUGGCGUCGUGUCACAUCGGCGGCGCCGCGCCGGACUCCGCCAUCGACCGCUCCUUCAUCGCCGCCGGGUUGGCCGCGCGGACGCUGGAGAAAUUCCUGAGCCACCGCCCGGCGCGAGCGCCGAGCCCGGCCGGCACCGACACCGACAGCGGCACCGGCAGCGGCACCGACACCGGCGGCAGCGGCAGCGACGGCGACGGCGAGGCGGGCGGGCUGCGCGGCCGGCACGGAGCGGGGCCGAGCGACGGAGCUCCGGGGUCGCGGGGCCGGGGGGCGGCGUGGCGCGCCGUGCGGAGCUGCUGCGCCGCCGUCGAGGUGCUGAGCGGCGCCGAGCGCCGGGAGCAACGCCGGGACGACGAGAUCCGCGCCGAGCACGGAGGGCUCCGAGCGUCGCCGAGCCGCGGUAACGCGGUGCAGGGCUGCCGGGCCCGGCCGGAGCGGCGGGACGAACGGCAUCGCCGCGGGUACCGGGACGGCACCGAGCCCUGCGCCUGCUGCACGGCCGAAGGCGGAGGAGCGCCGCACCGCGAGGGACGGCAGAGACCCCCGGCGCUGCCGUGCCACGCCGCCCCCCCGCAGCCCCCCGCGCACCCGCACGGCUGCGCCUGCAUCGCCCCGCGGCGCCACCGCGAGCGGCGCGUCGUCGCCACCGGGAGCACCGAGAGCGCGGAGAUGGGGGGCGGCGUUCGGACCCCCCCGGAGCGCCGCCUCCAGCCCCACCACCGGGAGCCCCCCCGGCAGAGCCGCCACGGCCCCCCCCUUCGCUGCCAGGAGAUGAACGCGGUGCAGCUCAUCACCAAAAGCUUCGAGCUGCGGGCGCAGCGCGACGCCGCCCGCGCCGAGAGAGACGGGCAGCGCUGUGCCCCCCCCGGGGGGGGGGGAAGGUUCUGCUGCUGCUGCUGCUGCUGCUGCGCUGGGGGGCACCGGGGGGGGGGUAUCCCCAUGUCCUUGUAUCUCCCUGGUAUCCCCAUGAUGUCCCACGUCCCCACGUCCCCCUGA